AUGUCACCAGGCCCCCGGCAAGGAAAAAGAGGCCCAAGCUCCUCCAGUUUCCAGGCCCUUUGGUGCUUUGUCCCCUCCGGCUCCCGCUGGAGGCGCCUCGAGCCCGCUGGAGUCCAGCGCAAGGCAGCGCCAGCGCAACGUAAGCUCCCCAUUGCACCGUUGCAGCUCACCACUACAGACUACAAUCCACAGUUCCCAGAGCACAAACAGUCAGACGGACCGAAGGAGCACAGUGCACGCACUCCCGGUGACUACGUGUCUCGUCAACUCCUCGUACACCACCACGUCUUGAUCCCCGAGGCACCAACCCCCGACCUCGCCAACAUGUCCAUCUCUCCCAUCAUAACGUUCAAGGCCGGAAUAUGCGAAGUGGAUUCGUCUUCGAGGCCCUACAAGGUCACUGCCAAACCCGAGCCCGGCUAUGUCUACCUCUACUCUGAAGACGACCUCGUCCAUUUCUGCUGGCGAGAGCGGAGUGCACCACUAGACGCCCCCGAACUGGACCUCACCAUGGUUCCUACCGACGGCCACUUCCUCCCCUACGAGUCCAGCAAGCAGAGCCGGGCUUCGGCCAAGACGAAUGGCCGCGUUUUCGUCCUCAAGUUCAUGUCUUCGUCACAGCGCUACAUGUUCUGGAUGCAGUCGAAACCUCAGGGUCGCAACGGCGACCCCGCCUGGUUCAGCCCGAGGGACCUGAAGAUCGGCCAGCUCGUUCACGCCCUGCUGCAGGGCGAGGAGGUAGACGUUCAGGAGGAGCUCUCUGCCGUUGUCAACACCGACGACGACACCCGCCGCGACGACGAUGACGAGACCAUGGAAGACGUGGAGGGCCACGGCGACCACAACGACCCCCACAGCGGGGGUGCUGGCGGCGCCGGCCCGGGUGCCACCGGCGGCGAUGUACGCGAGGAGGGAGAGGGCGCCAGAGAGGGCGGUGCAGACGGCGCUAGAGCUGCUGCCGGUGGCAAUGUGGACGCAGCAACCGCGGUGAGAAACUUCCUGGACUCGUUGAAGGGCGGCGCAGGUGGUGCCGGUGGUGCGAGCCAGGGAGAAGGGAAACUAUACCCCAUGCUAUCCGACCUUCUCACGCCACCCGUCACAGUGCCCAUGGCGAGAGACGCUUCGGAGGAGCAGAUCGACGAGCUCCUCAGCUUCCUCCCUCCCUCGGUGCUCAUCUUGUCACAGCAAGCCGACUCGGUAGAUGCGUCGACAGAGCCCACACCCGACGCCAUAGAAGCGGCCAGGCAAGCCAUGAGCCUCGGCCAGAAGAAGGCGCUCCUCGAGAAGGUCCUCCGCAGUCCGCAGUUCCACCAGAGCACGAGCAGUCUGACCAUGGCCUUGCGAGACGGCGGCCUGCCCAGCAUUGCCGAGGCGCUGUCGAUCAAGGUGGAAAACAACGGCUACAUGAAGGGAAGCAGCAUGCCCCUCGGCGGCGGGGAUGCGGUGGAGGCUUUCGUCGAGGGCGUCAAGAAGACGGUCGAGAAGAAGUAG